ACCGAAUCGAUUGCAACGAUCGCAGCCGUCCUGACGGCGGACCUGCCUCGGCCGGGUGGCAGGAGGAGGCACACGGGCAGUCACACGACGAGCAAAUGCGAAGCGUCUCGGCGCCUGGCAUCCCGUGAUUGGCCUUCGGGCUUCGUUCGCGAAGUCCUGAGAGUCACCCGCACACGUCACUCCUUCACUCCCCAAAGCUGGCCCGCUCCGACUGGCCUCCGCCACCACCAAGGUCUCGCGAGUGCGUCCAACAUCGUCAGCGCAACGAUGCCGGGUGCGGCCUGCCAUGCCCGGGCUGGCAUGUGCCGAAUCCACCUGGUGUCUCAUUCCUUCAAAAUCACCGCCGGCCCUAGUGCCACGUUACCGUCCGCUUCCAUUCUGUGUAUAUACCCUUCGUAUUAGACGUUUCAAUAUCUCGUACCUUAUAUUCCUAUUCUAGACGUGAUAGACCUCACCGUCGGUCUUCUGGCACCUUCACCAUGACUCUUUUAGUGCCGUUACUCUUCGCAGCUUACCUCGUUCUCUACGCCUUUGCCCUCGCCCUCCCGCCGUUCCCGCACGCUGCCGCCAUCGAGCAGAACCCACUGCAGCAGAAGCCCCAGUACUCGCUGGACGAGUGGCUACAAAGGGAAGAGGACAUUGCUCUAGACAACCUUCUGGCCAAUGUUGCCCCAUUUGGGCGGAAUGUGCAGGACGCUGCCCCCGGCUCCGUUAUAGCAAGCCCGUCAAAGGAGCACCCUAAUUACUACUACCAAUGGGUUCGAGAUGCAGCAAUCACCACCUCCACGCUCGUCGACCUAUACGCAGACGACCCAUUCGAUCCUCUCUCGUCCAAACUGGACAUCAUCCUUAAUGCCUAUGCGUCCCUACAAGACGAACUUCAACACACCAAAAAUCCCUCUGGCACAUUUGCAGACCUCUCAGGGCUAGGCGAGCCCAAGUUCGAAGCAGAUGGCACCCCCUUCAUUGGUUCCUGGGGACGCCCCCAGCGCGACGGACCCGCCCUGCGCGCCAUAACCCUCAUGGCCUACCUCCGCGCCUACAACGCCUCCAAUCCCUCCCUGUGGACCAGCGACGAGGGCCCAGACUGGUUCAAGCCCCUCUACGACCCCCGCAUGCCCGCCAACAGCAUCAUAAAAGCCGACCUCGAGUACGUCUCGCACUACUGGAACGCCUCGGGCUUCGACCUGUGGGAAGAAGUCCAAGGCCUCCACUUCUUCACCGCGAUGGUGCAACUCCGCGCCCUCCGCGAAGGCGCCGCUCUCGCCCUCGCCUUCGACGACUCCGGCGCCGCAGCAUGGUACACGCAGCAAGCCGGCCUCCUCGAGAAAUUCCUUCCCUCCUUUUGGGACGCCUCCAAGGGACACCUCAUCGAAACCCUCUCCAGCGCCCGCUCCGGCCUCGACUGCGGCCUCCUCCUCGGCUCCCUGCACGGCUCCCCCGCCGCCAACAACACCGUGCCCGGCACGCCCCCGUACGCCCCUUACUCCGACGAGAUCCUCGUCUCCCUCCUCGCCCUCGUCUACGACCAACGCAACCGCUUCCCCAUCAACUCCGCGCCCCCAGCGUCGCCUGAAGGCACCUCCCCGCUUGAGGGCGUGGGGCUCGGCCGCUACCCUGAGGACGUCUACGACGGGUACGGCACCACGCCCUUUGGCGGGAAUCCGUGGUUCCUAUGCACAUCCUCCGCGUCCGAGAUUCUGUACCGCGUCGCUGCGCAUCUGCAAGAGACCGACGAGCUCGAGAUUACGGAGCUGGGGAUGCCGUUCUGGGAAGCCCUAUUGGCCGACGCGCCGUCAUUUGCGGAUCUAAAACCAGGAAGUUAUGGUUCUAAAGAUGGGUUGUUUGUGGAUGUGCUGGAGCGGUUGAGGAGCGUCGGGGAUGGGUUUUUGGAAGUGGUGAAGAAGCAUACAGAUGCCGAGGGCUCGCUUAGCGAGCAGUUUGAUCGCGUGACUGGGUUCGAGCGGGGCGCGAGGGAUUUGACAUGGAGCUAUGGGGCAUUUCUGCAAGCGGUGAGAGCGAGGGGGAGGGUAUGAGUAUGGCUAAAGUCACGUGAUGGGGGUAAAGUUGCAUAUUGCGAGUGAAGCCUUUGUAGCAUUUUAGCGGGUCUCAUUUUUCCCUUAUCCCGUCAUCACAGCACGAGUUCACGAGGUUACGAAAAAUGUAUUCGAAUAGCAAG